GCUGGACCGGGAGCGUCACCGGGACCGGGACCGGGACCUGCGCCCCGGACAGCUCGGCCGCCCAUGCCCCGGGGGCCCGGCAUGUCGGUGCACUACACCCUGAACCUGCGAGUCUUCUGGCCACUGCUGACCGGCCUGUGCACCGCCCUCGUGUGCCUCUACCAUGUCCUGCGUGGAAGCGGCACCGCCGCCCGCGCCGAGGCCCCCGAGGGCGCGGACCUCGGCUUCCCGCUGCUCCGCGUGGCCGCGCUGCUCCUGUUGGGCUACGUCCUGCUGCGCAGUCGCCACGCUCUGCGGCAGCGCCUCCUGCCCGGCCCUUCCCGCGGCCUGGCGGGCCCGCCGGCCUUCUCCUCGCCCCGGCACGUCCCUGAGCCCGGCUUGGGCCUCCUGCUGGAGAGCUACUACGAGCACGAGGUGCGCCUGUCCCCGCAUGUGCUGGGCCACAGCAAGGCGCACGUAAGCCGCAUCGUGGGCGAGCUGGUGCGCGCGGGCCGCGCUCGGGGGCCGCCGGGCCUCGUCCCCGGGGGCGCGCUGGCGCUGGCCUUCCGCGGGGACUUCAUCCAGGUGGGCAGCGCCUACGAGCAGCAUAAGAUCCGGAGGCCCGACGGCUUCGACGUGCUGGUGCCGCUCCGCCUCCCGCCGCUCGUGGCGCUGGAGCCGCGGAGCCUGGGCGCGGAGCCGGGGCUGGCCGCCUCCUUCCACGGCUGCUUCGUGUGCGCGCUCAAGCCGCCGCCCGGAGCCGCCGUGGCGCCGUGGCUCCGGGACUGCAGACCCUUCGCCGACGGCUUCUGCGUGGACGUGCGCGGGCAGCGGCAUCUGGCCGCCCCCUUGGUGCUGCGCUGGUUCCAGGUGCAUCUGCAGCGCUCCCUGGCCGCCGUGCGCUACAGCCUGGAAGGACGUUGCCGCGUCAGCCUGACCCCCGGCGGCCCGGAGCAGCCGCCCACCCUGCACAUCCUGCCCUGCCGCACGGACUACGGCUGCUGCCGCCUCUCCAUGGCCGUGCGCCUCAUCCCCGCGGUCCACCUGGGCGACGGGGUCUUCCUGGUGGCGCCGCCGCCGCCCCCUGCGCCCGUGGGGCCCCUGGCGCAGGAGUUCCCGGGGGGCCUGCGCCCCGAGGCGCUGUGGGGCGUGAACACGGCGCGCCAGGAGCAGAAGCUGCUGAGCUGGCUGCAGGAGCGGGCGGCUCCAGGGGCCUGCUCGCUCAAGUGCCUGCAGCUGCUGAAAGCCCUGCGGGACCUGGGCGCCCGCGGGCUGGACGCGACGUCCGCCGCCCAGUGGGGCCGCAUACUGUCCUCGUACGUGCUCAAGUCUGCGCUGCUGGCGGUGCUCUUGCGCGACGGGGCGCCCGGCUGGGACGAAGCGCCCCUGGAAGCGCGCAUGGCACACUUGGUGCGCUUCCUGCGCGACUGCCUGCUGCGACGCCAGACGCUCUUCCACUGCGUCCUGGGCCCCAGCGGGGUGGCCGAGGUGGGGCCUCUCCCUAAGGUCCUGCGCGAGGCCGCCCCGGUCGACCUCCUGGCAGCCUUCGACGGGCGAGCCCGGGAAGUCGUGGCCGCGCAGCUGCUGUCCACGUGGCGAAGGCUGCCCCGGCUCCUGCGGGCCUACGGGGGUCCCCGCUACCUGGCCAGGUGCUCCCCGCCCCGCACUCAGCGCUCCCGGGGCUUCCCUAAGGAGGAGCCCUAA